AUUUACUAUUUUGACGUCUGACAUUGAAUACAAUAACCUAUAAAAUUUAGAGAUUACUCGUAACGUAAUGAGAGAAUAUAAUUCAAAAUUAUUUCAUUUCUUUAAUUAGGAAUGGCAAAGUACAUAGCACAAAUCAUAGUUCUGGGGGCUCAAGUUGUGGGGCGAGCUUUUGCUAGAGCUCUCAAGCAGGAACUAGCUGCAUCGCAAGAAGCAGCUAAAAGGGCUGGCGGAGGACAGGAAGGUGCAAGGAGAGCGGCUGCAAAUGCUUCAACAGGUCUUACUCUAGAAGAGGCCAUGCAGAUACUCAACAUUGAAAAACUCGACCCAGAAAAAAUCAAGAAUAACUAUGAACACUUAUUUAACGUUAAUGACAAAACGAAAGGGGGUUCCUUUUAUUUACAAUCGAAAAUAGUCCGUGCGAAGGAAAGAAUAGACAAGGAAGUAAAGGAACCAAAAUCAGAACAGAGUCAACCAAAAGAUACUUCAUGAUUGAAUUAUAUGUUAAUUGUAGAUUAUGUUUUAGUAAAACAAAUUGUUUUGUAAAAUGUUUUAUUACAUAGAAAAUGGACACAAUAGUGACUAGAAUACAUCAGUCUUUAUACUAUGAAUAAUGAUUGCGUAAUUUAUUUCAAUAUUUGAUACAAUCUUGCUAAGCAUCAAAUUAAGUUAUGCUAAGCAAAACAUGUUACGGUUUCGUUUAGAUAUACGAUUAUGAUUUACCUUCUCUUAGUGUUGUACCUAUGCUAUUCUUAUAAUAGUGCAUCCUUAGUAUAUUUAGAAUUAUAAUUUUAAUUCCAAUAUAUAGAUUGAUAUGAGUA